UUCGUCUAAUGCUAUCUGUGAUGCUAACCAGAGACUUUCACUUCAGCUAGAGUCCUCAAGAUGUCGCUGUGAUGUCGAUGUUUAAGAUCUCGCGAGAUUGAUCAUUUUACCAAAAACCAUGAUCUUUUUCUAACCCUAACCAAAUGUUUUUGUGACUAAACCUAAACAGACCUUAACCAUAACGUUGUCACAUCAUAAAACGUAAUUAUUUUGUACAACAGGCACUAUGAAGAAACAACGCAUACAAAUCUCGCGAGAGUUUCGCAAAUAUAGGGGGAUGGAGGUAGACUGCCAGCCCGAGGAAUCCAUUGUCACUUCAUUUGACGAGGACUGUGUCGAGCUCGGUGACGUCAAGGACAUGAGAUUGGAGGCGGAGGCAGUGGUCAACGACGUGCUUUUCGCCGUCGCUGAAAUGCACGUGUCGCAAAGUCUCAACAGUGCGUCGGAUGUGGCCUACAUAAAUGUGGAAACAAGAGAGGGAAACCGGUAUUGUCUGGAGCUCACGGAAGCAGGACUGAGGGUGGUGGGCUAUGCCUUCGAUCAAGUGGAUGAGGAUUUGAGCACCCAGUAUCAUGAGACUGUUUACUCGCUUCUGGACACGCUGAGUCCGGGUUACAGAGAGGCCUUCGGGAAUGCUUUGCUCCAGCGGCUGGAGAGGCUGAAGCAAAACGGACAAUAAAAAAGGACCAAAAAUGCUGCAUACAUCGUACAAGUGAAACAAGGGGUUGAUGAUGUGGGUGUAUUUGGAUAUGAGCCAAUAAUAACCAAGUCUGGUCAAAUAUUAUAGCCUAUUAUGUGAUGUCCACCUGCCUAGCAACCACUACAAUACGGGGUACCCUGCCCUAUCAACUUUGCUUUGUUCUGAGUUUCAUAUCAUCGAAUGACUUCAUGUCAGCUACUUUAGUUUUUGACUGCGAGGGAUUGGCUGGUAUGGAAUCUGUUGCAACAUUGUGUUGUUGACUUUACUGUGGAAAGAUCUUCCAGCUUCCACGUGUUACAAAUUUGUAACUCUGCACCUUUUGUACUCGUCGAAAUGAUCUGAGAAAGAAGCAGCAAGUUAUGUUGAUAGUAAAGCCGGUUUCCUCCUUCUGCUCUGCUUGCACUAAAGCUGUGUGGCCUUUGUGGCUGAAAUCUGCGCAAAUUGACCCAAUAAUACUUCAUAUUCAGCAGGUGUCUCAGUGAAAGAGCCAAAUCUAUAAUCUUUCCAUAUAACUCAUACAUAUACUGCCUUAAUGACUGACUUUUGGUUAGAAAAGUACAAAAAUUAACUUGUUUUACUUAGUUUGUAUUGACAGAGAAGGUAUUUUGUGGGGCUGUCAUUUUACAUGAGUAGGGUCAGAAACUUAUUUUAAAUUUCUGAUUAUGUCAAACUAAGCUGACAUUGUAUUCAAUAUCAAAUUGUGUUUGGAUAUCAUUUGUUUUUUCUCCAUAUUGCACAAUGCAUUGCAUCUCAAGCUUGCAUUUGGUGUUAAGGCAAAGAAGCUAUUCUCAUGGAGACUUACAUUUUUUUUUAAAAAUUUUGAUGUUUUAUCUUCAAACUUUUGGUUCUCUAGUCCGAAUACACGUUUAUUUAAACUCAACGACCACUUCUAAAGCUGCUUUAAUGCUUUUGUGUUAGUUUGGUAUGUGUGACCUGCUAAUGAAUUGUCAAGUGUUAUGAAAUCAAACUUUCCAAGAAAACUUUUUGCAUUCAUACAGUUAUCCCUUGCUGCUGGCCUUUGCUCAGACCAAUAAAAUCUUAGAAACGGUGUCAGUCCUCAUUGUUAAGUCUUUAAAUGCAUGACAGGUGUUCAUGCCUCACCUUUGUCGACAUGACUACACACAUGCCACAAUUUCAGGAGCCUCAGCUGAAGGCGAUCUGAAGUGUAACCACCUGGUGAUGAGCAGUGGCAAGACAAACUUCCCUUGAAAGUCGGAAAAGUAGUUGCGUCACCACUGAUAAACCAGUGAUUGCAGUGCAAGUUAAAAUAAAUAAAUGGGGAGUAAAGUGUCUGACAAGUGCAUAGAGAGAGUUGAAAGUUACUGUAAUGGUACAUAGAUUUCUUUAUUAGUUUACUUUUCAGUCAUUUAUAAUUUCCAAUUCCAUAUGUCUAGUAUCACAAGGUCAGUAAGAAAAUUUUACAAAAGCUUCAGUAAAGAAAAAUGUACAGUUUGUACUUUUUCUGACUACACAGCAGCCAGUUAGACAAGACAUUUGCACUGCAGUGGAAUGUAGUUCACAAACCAGGGUUGUUCAUGCAAACGUUGACCGCAUUAUUUCACAUCCACAACUUAAAAAAAAAAAAAAAAAAGCAACUGUUAUGCAGAUAACAAACCCUGUCUUUAAUUCAGCAGUAUUUGAGGUGAGAGUGUGCAGCAGAGUCUUGCAAACUAGUGAACGACAUACAUCUUAAAAUCAUUUUGAUGAAUGAAUAAAAUGAGAUCUUAACAAGAAUCAUUUAUAUUCUAGUUCUUUUACUCAUUUGAAUCCCUUUAAAUAAAA